AUGGUGGCUUUCUCCUACAUAUUUGGUAUAGGGCUAUUGGCUGGGUCCGCAAACUCUAUUAUAGAGAAAAUGAUGUUUCAGAGUAGUGGUAUCGGUAUCGACGGCACGACCCAUUUCUUCCAGAAACCGUGGUACAUGAGCUUGGUCAUGUUUGUUGCCAUGCUCCUAGCGCUGCCCAUGUACUAUUGUCUACGCCAGAAAAAUGAUAAGAGACCUUCCAGCACUCUGCCUGAAAGUGGAUCCUCCAAUAUCGGUCUCCGUAUGUGUUUCACGGUAUGCAUCCCUUCGAUAUUCGAUCUACUAGGAUCCUCCCUACAAGCUAUCGGUCUGGUCUACACCCCUGUCUCCGUAUACCAAAUGCUCAAGGGCAGUAUACUUCUCUUCUCUGCGCUAUUCUCGGUGCUUUUCCUCGGGCGUAAGAUGUAUCGUCAUCAUUGGGUGGGAGUCUUCCUCUGCUUAACUGCUCUCGUCUUGGUCGGAGUGUCCUCCCUCUCUUCGCGUGAGCAGCAGACCCAAGUCGUGAGCCUGCCGUUGAUGCUUCUCGGUAUCUUCAUCAUAAUAGCAGGACAAGUUGUGUGUGCUGCACAGUACGUCCUGGAGGAGUUCCUUCUCAAGCCCCCGAACGAUGUAGCCCCAAUGGCUUUAGUAGGGCUAGAGGGCUUCUGGGGAACACUUCUCAUGUGCCUAGUCUUCGUGCCGGCACUACAGCAUCUCCCAGGAUCUGACGUAGGCAAUGUUAUGGAGAACACAGAGGACUCUUUCGUGAUGCUGUCCAACUCCCCGACGUUGCUUAUCUGUACACUGGGUUUCAUCGUCUCGAUUCUCGUCUUCAACAUAUGCGGCGUCAUGGUUACCGCAGAGGCUUCGGCUAUGCAUCAUACCUUCCUGGAUGCUUCAAGGACCAUCGUCAUCUGGUUGGUAUCAGUGCUCAUGUACUAUGCAGCCCCUGGGAAUGGAUUGGGUGAGCCCCUCACUAAGUACUCCUGGGUUCAAGCUGUCGGGUUUGUGCUACUCGUAUACGGCCAAUUGGUCUAUGACCAAGCUGUGAGGCUACCUUUCGGGCUUGGCACUAAAACAAGGGUAAGUUUCACCGAGUCUAGUGCCUCUAUCGGUACCUCUAGUCGCCUCACCAGCAGAGAGGAAGGUAUCUCCCAGGUCCCGCAUGAAUAUGAGUGCUCAAUCGCCCCAGACAGAACGCCUCCUUCUGCCAUAGUCGGAGGUAACAGUCGAGCCAUUGAUUGGCUUAUGCCAGUCCCUGCUAUCAUCACUCAACUCAGUUUCGCCGUUCUUCCUGAUUAG